AUGCCUGAUAUAAAAUUAUCAAAAGUCAUAUCUGUUUCUAGUGAGGAUAAGAAUUACCCCGCUGAAAAUAUUUUAAAGUGCGGUGAAUUUAAAAAAUGGAAAUGUCUUGCUGGUGAAACAAAAGCGACAAUAGUCAUUCAGCUGAGUCAGGCAAGUGUCAUUGAUCAGAUACACAUUGGAAAUGAGGGGUCUGCCUUUGUGGAGGUGCUUGUUGGCAGGUCCUCACUAAAUAUCGAUGCCUUCCAGGUGAUACUAAUGGCAUCAUCAUUCAUGACUCCUCUUGAAAGUCGAAAUGUUCAGAAUGUCAACAAGGUAAGGUUGUUCAAGAAGGAACAUUUGAGUCAGACGGCAGCCAACGAAAAGUGGGAUCUUGUUAAGAUUGUAUGCUCGCAGCCCUUCAACAAAAUUGAUCUUGGUUCAUUCAAGUUGAAGUCGCAAUCAGAACUAUCUUUGUCUCGUCUCGGUGUUGGGUCAUUGUUUGAGAGCAGCAAGAUGAACAAGCAAUCAGCAACAGCAGCAUCUUCUCCAUCUUCAACAUCAUCUGCUAUGAGUGUUGCUGCCACACUUCGGAACGCUUCGACAACCCUGCAGACAUCAGGAAAAGUGGUGGGCAGUCCAUCUGGAGGUAAUAGUGGUGGUGGUGUUAUUGGUAGUGAUAAUAGUAGUAGUAGUUGUGGUAAAAGUGGUAGCAGCAGCAGUAGAGGUAGCGGUUCUGCUGUUGAAAGAAUUGAUAAGGACAACAAUCCAAAACUGAAACGAACCUUCAACCAACACAUCGGAAUGAACUACGAUGAUGAUGAUGAUGACGACGAUGGCGGUGAUUAUGAUAUUCCGAAGAAAAAGUUCAAAAAUGACCAUGAUUUGCCCUUUAAAGACAAGCAGGAUGACAGGGAAGAAAUCUCGUCGAAAGGCAGAAACAGCAAUGUUAACAACAACAACAACAACUUUUACCAUAACAACAACAACAAUUUUAACCAUAACAACAACAACAAUAAAAACAACAACGACAAGAAUGACAAAAAAAAUAAAAGUGACAGUAGCAAUAGAAGGAUGGAAAACACUAACAAUAAUUUCAAUAACAAUAACAAACUCAACAGCAAUUCUACUAACAUCAACAAAAACUUCAUUAACCUCACUAGUAAUAACAUCAAUAAUAAUAAGACCAGUAAUAAAACUAACACCUUUGAUAAGUCUAAAUGCAAAAAAAGCAGAACAAACUCGUGGAGGACUACAAAACCAAAAGUUUCAUUCCACAGGCUGAUGGAUGAUGUGAGGUUUGUCCUCAGUGGAUUUCAGAACCCCCUGAGAAGUCAGCUGAGGGACAAGGCCCUCGAUAUGGGGGCCAAGUAUGAAGCAGACUGGUCCAAAAACUGCACACACCUCAUUUGUGCAUUUGAGAACACUCCAAAGUACAACCAAGUAAAAGGUUUCGGGAGGAUUGUAUCAAAGGAGUGGAUCGUGGACUGCUUCAAAGAGGAAGUUCUUCUUCCGUGGAGGAUGUAUCGCCUUGGUAGAGCACCUUCACCAGCAAAUUCCAAAUCAGACGCCGAUGAUGAAGAAGAUGGUGACGUCACCCCCACCUUCACCCCAGCCACUCCAAAGUCAUCAAAUAAAUAUUCAUCCACUACAUCAACUACACCAAAAUCAGCAAAUAUUAAUGCAGCUACCGUAUCGACCACCCCGUCGUCAAAAAAUAAACACCCGAACGCCGCGUCAACCAACCCACGAGCCUCUAAUAAACGUGCAGUCACGACAACAGCAAAUAGAAACUCUUCCAUUACAUCAGGUAGGGCAGAUGAUGUUGACAAUGGAAGCGAUAGAAACGAUGCCGGCGUGAAGUUAUAUGGAUCCUUCAAUAAAAAUAGCACCACCAACAACAAUAACAUCAACAACAACAACAGCACCAACAACAACACCAAUGACAAUAACGACAACAGUUUUAAAAAUAACAGUGAUGGCGUUGAUGAGAAUGAUCUUAAUAAUAAAAAUAGUGAUACAAAUAAAGUGGAUAUAAAAAUAAAACCAAAUAAGAAUGAAGAUCCCAAAUUACAAGAGGAUGAUGGUAGCAGUGAUGAUGAAGACAUGGAUGAUGAAAUUGGUGAUGAUGAAAUUAUCACCGCUGUUGCCGUAAACGAUGGUGAUCAUAGAAGUACCAGAAAUGAUGGUGGUGGUGCAGCUGAUGAUGAUGACGUUGAAAGAAAUAAAAAACAGGAAUAUUUUAAAGAUGAUGACGUAGAGGAUGACGUAGAGGAUGAGUGUUUCAAUUGUCCUACAGACUCUGAGUGUGAUACGGAUGAAGAAGUCAGGAGGUUCGAUGAAUACCAGCGGAAGAAAAAAGAUGUAGCCAAAAAAAGUUGUUGUGGAGUUGACACGCAAGAACCGUCAACAUCCACAUCAACUGCAGAACACCACCGACGUUCUCACUACUCCAGCAAACACAUGCAGGAGAUUAUUAGCAGUCUUCCAGAUCUUCCAUCCUUCUUUCGUGGAUUGAAUUUCUUUCUCUAUGGGGAUUUCAGUUCUGUCGAUAGGAAGUGUAUCAACAGAUACAUUCAAGCAUAUGACGGGAUUGUAUCAGAGUACAUGACUGACGGCGUCACAAAUGUCGUAACUUACGAAAAGUGGGAUAACAACUUUGACGAGGCAAAAAAAGAUAAUGAGAAGUUGGUUUUUGUACAUCCUGACUGGCUAGUUGAAUGCAUUGAGCUUCAAAAACUCGUGUCAAAUGAAUCUUAUCUCAUCAAAAAAUUGUAA